UCUGAUGUGGCUGGGAAGGGAAAGGAAUAUGUGACCGAAAGAGGACAUUGAAGCUCUGACUGACAUAUUUUGCUUUUAAGCAAGAGCAUCUUUGCUGUGUGAGCCUGACCCAACAAAGGAUAGAAAAGGAGAGAAUGAACGGUCUCAAGGCUCCUCGCCCCCGUUAGCAUUGUGCCUCAUCGACAGACUCUCAUGCUUAUCAAUCAUUUUAAAUCAUCCCAGUCUGCUUCCAGAAAGGGAGACACAAUGUGAUUUUUGUUUUGCUUCUGGUUUUGUGAGCUUAUGAAGAGGCAUUUAUUAAGUAUGGCAUUGCCAGUGGAAGUUAAUGUGAUGGAACUGAUCUGACUUGGGAAAGGUCUCCGAAGCAGCCGAAGUGUCUUCUCCAGUAGCAAGGCCUGUGGUCAGCAUGGCAGCAGGGGUGGCAGCGUGGCUGCCCUUUGCCAGGGCAGCUGCCAUAGGAUGGAUGCCAGUGGCCAACUGUCCCAUGCCACUGGCUCCCACAGAGAAAAACAAGAGGCAGGAUGAGCUGAUCAUUCUCAAUGUGAGUGGCAGGCGUUUCCAGACCUGGAGGACUACACUUGAGAGAUACCCGGACACUCUGCUGGGCAGCACUGAGAAGGAGUUCUUCUUCAACGAAGACACUAAGGAGUACUUCUUUGACCGGGACCCUGAGGUCUUCAGGUGCAUCUUAAAUUUUUAUAGAACUGGCAAGCUGCACUAUCCCAGGUACGAGUGCAUCUCUGCCUACGAUGAAGAGCUUGCCUUCUAUGGGAUCCUCCCUGAAAUCAUCGGGGACUGCUGCUAUGAAGAGUACAAGGACAGAAAGCGGGAGAAUGCAGAGCGGCUGAUGGAUGACAAUGACUCAGAAAACAACCAAGAAGGGUCCAUGCCAUCCCUGAGCUUCCGGCAGACCAUGUGGCGAGCCUUCGAGAACCCCCACACCAGCACCUUAGCCUUAGUCUUUUACUACGUCACCGGUUUCUUUAUUGCUGUCUCUGUGAUCACUAAUGUCGUGGAAACUGUCCCUUGUGGCACGGUGCCUGGAAACAAGGAGCUUCCAUGUGGGGAGAGAUACGCUGUGGCUUUCUUUUGCUUGGACACGGCUUGCGUGAUGAUUUUCACAGUAGAGUAUUUGUUGAGACUCUUUGCAGCCCCAAGUCGCUACAGGUUCAUCAGAAGCGUGAUGAGCAUCAUCGACGUGGUGGCCAUCAUGCCAUACUACAUUGGCUUGGUGAUGACCAACAACGAGGAUGUCAGUGGAGCCUUUGUGACACUAAGGGUUUUUAGGGUUUUCAGGAUUUUCAAGUUCUCUCGCCAUUCCCAAGGCUUAAGAAUCUUGGGCUACACUUUGAAGAGCUGUGCCUCCGAGCUUGGCUUUCUCCUCUUUUCCCUCACUAUGGCAAUUAUCAUCUUUGCAACUGUGAUGUUUUAUGCAGAGAAAGGGUCCUCAGCAAGCAAAUUCACCAGUAUUCCUGCUUCCUUUUGGUACACUAUUGUAACCAUGACAACACUUGGUUAUGGUGACAUGGUGCCCAAGACAAUUGCCGGGAAGAUAUUUGGCUCCAUUUGCUCCCUGAGCGGGGUGUUGGUCAUUGCUCUGCCCGUUCCCGUCAUUGUCUCCAACUUCAGCCGAAUUUACCACCAGAACCAGCGGGCCGACAAGCGGAGAGCGCAGAAGAAAGCCCGACUUGCAAGGAUUCGAGUGGCCAAAACGGGCAGCUCCAACGCCUACCUUCACAGCAAGCGCAAUGGCCUCCUGAACGAAGCCCUGGAGCUGACGGGAUCCACCGAAGAUGAACAGCAUAUGAGUAAAGGCACCUCCUUAAUUGAAAGCCAACAUCACCACCUGCUGCACUGCCUGGAAAAAACAACCGGAUUGUCCUAUCUUGUGGAUGAUCCCCUGUUAUCUGUACGAACUUCCACCAUCAAGAACCACGAGUUCAUAGAUGAGCAACUGUUCGAGCAGAACUGCAUGGAGAGCUCAAUGCAAAACUACCCGUCUUCUCGGAGCCCCUCCUUGUCGAGUCACCAUGGAUUGACCACCUCUUGCUGUUCUCGCCGUAACAAGAAGACCACUCACCUUCCCAACUCCAGUGUGCCAGCCACUCGCCUCCGUAGCAUGCAGGAGCUCAGCACCAUCCACAUCCAGUGCAGCGAGCAGCCCUCACUCACAACAAGUCGUUCCAGUCUCAACAUGAAAUCAGAUGAUGGGCUACGACCGAACUGCAAAGCUGCCCAGAUAACGACAGCCAUCAUCAGCAUCCCCACACCGCCGGCGCUCACGCCAGAAGGUGAGAGCAGACCUCCACCCAGCAGCCCGGGCCACUCCACGAACAUUUCUACAACCACCACAAGCAACAUAGUCAAGGUCUCUGCCUUGUAAGAUGUCUCAUGCACAGAAGGAGGCUGGAAGACCAGUGCCCCUCUCCCUCCACACCUCCAUGUUCCCUUCUUGCUGCAAAUUGUGCCUGGAUGGACGAACCUGACAUUUUGUCAUUGAAUUAGCAAUGGAGACCUAACGAGGCAGCUUUCUUCAGACUUGCAUUCAUGCUGUGGACUGAGGAAGGAGUAGGAAAGGGACUAUGAGUUUUGUUAAAAGUAAAAUCUGCAUGGAGAGUACGUUGUGCCGUGGUACAGGGCAGAAAUUACCUGUGAAGGCUGAAGGGAAAGAAUCAUCAUGGCAACAAGAGAGUCAAUAAAGAAAACAGAAAUAUAACACUGUGUAUCGCAGCACCUUUUUAAAGGUUUUUAAUGGAUAAUAUUUAUUCAUGAGGAAAUGACUGAAAAAGGUGAAAAACAAUGGAUUUUGUGAAUUUUUUUUCUUCAUGGAGCAGAACCUUUAAACCAACCAAAAUUCCACAUUUUUUUUUCUUUUAUAGGAAAAGAUUUAGACAAAGAAGCCACCUGUCACAGAAACCUAUUUCCAUUCCUCUGUGUGUGCGUGCGAGUGUGCAGCAACACUGCACAGAGCAACACUGCAUUUCAAAGAGCAGAGCAUGUUUUCAUGAUUCAGUGCACAGUAGGAAAAUACAAGCAUGUGUCAGCACAUACAUGUGCACACAUGCACACACACACACAACUAUUUCACCCUGGAUGGCAUUCUUUAUUUAGACACUUUUGUAUCCGCCUUUUAAGUCAAUACAGUGCAAUUGCAAACAGUGUGUAUGUCUGCUAAUUAUUGUCUGUGAAAACAUAUUUGUGGAAAAAAGAGACAGGCUUCAAUAGAGUUUUAGUCCCACAUGGGUAUCCGCUUUCUAUUUUUGUUAUCACUUACUUGUAAGAGUGUGACUAGACUACCAGUUCUGUAUUUUUAAAAAGGAAAAAAAAAAAAAAAAAAAAAAAGGUAGGAUUCUUUUUUAAUACUGUACACACAAAUGGCAAAGAAUGAGAAAGCACUGAACUCAACUGCAUCAAGUGUUCGUAAGUCUGACAGAGGUUUCUUGUAAUGUAUGCCCAUGAUUUUUUAGUUUUGUUUUCUCUAUAUGAAUUUCUUUGCUAGCACUGAACAUACAACCCAUUGUAAAUAGUAGCCAAAUAAUGUCUGGAUCUAUACUUGAUGAUAAUUAACCCCACAGCCAAAUAUCUUGCAUGGACAGAGAGGUAUUUGGCUUUUUCACAGUCUUGGGGCUCCAGUUGUCUCAUCAAUGGCUUCUGGGUUGCACUGAUUUUGGGGGUAGACUAGGUCAGCAAUUUUAGUUAUCCGGUCCCAGCACAGGAUACACAGCAUGCAUCCACUUGAGAAGGGGGAGCAGUACUGGAUUUUGGAAAGCAAUUAAUAAAUUGUGGUAUAGACAGCCUUUUCUUUUUGCAGUUUUAUAGUUAGUUUGAGAAAAUUCGUGUACUUCUAAUCAACCAAAAACUGUAACACUGUGGUACUGCCAGGAAGCUAAUACUAAGGUGUGGUCACUCCUAGCCCCCUCUUUCAAAUAUCUUCCUAGGAAUGAGUUAUGGUAAGGAAAUACAUAGUUCCAAAACAUAACUGAUUUUUCCCUCUAAGAAUAACAACUUUUUUCUUCCAUUCUGCCCUUCUCAAUCCCCUUUUCAUAACAGGUGUGAUCCAUGAAGGGCAGAGGGAGAAACUGUUACCCACCUCUCACUUCCUGAGCCUUCCACUUGUCAUACACUGUCUGCAUAAUUCUUGUGGUUAUGCACAAAUGCCCCUUCAAGGCCCUAUACACACCCAUAAAUGGCAACAAACCUAGCCCCCAACAGCUUGCAAUAGAAUAGAUUUCAAGUAUCUUGUUUCUGAAAAGUGAUUUUACCAACACUACAGAUAACUACUCAAAGCAUGUUUGAGGCUGAUUCAGCAAAGGGAUGUUUUGUUUUGUUUUUUAACAUCUGUCAUAAUCUAUCCUGAUGUAAUAUUUAUAGACACAUAUACACACAUACACGUAUAAAUAAAUACACAGACACGUACAUGUAUAGAUAGAUAAAUAGACCUACAUGCUGACUUAAACAUACGAGCUAGCAAUCUGCUUUGUUAGCACUCCUAAUCUAUUAGUCUAUACAGUGGACUCAGAUGGCUCACGCAUUAACUACCCUCCUUAGAAACCUACAACAUUCUAGGACUAUUAGGACUACAGCUAAGCCUUCAGUAGCUGCACCAGCUUAUAGUCAUUUAUUCCAGUGCUGUAAUAUGUUACCGAAAACUAUGUUUAGUCCUGUUUUAAAUGAUUAAAAUGCUCUGCCUUUGCUGCUUCCUGUAGGAGGUUAUACUGCAGUUAAUCUUACCAUUACUGAGUUUUUCCCGAUGUUUUAAUUUAAUCUUCUUUCGCUUUAUUUAAUUUCAUUAUGUCAUCAUAUCUGCUCCCCAUCUGAACACCCUCAGCCUUGUAGAUCAGAGACCUUGCUCUCCACCACUUUCCACCUUGCAACCUCAUUUACACUGGCACAGAAUGAGGGUUAAAUGCUACCAUGCUGAUAGGGUACAGUGUUCCUUCCAAUGCACAGAAGUAAACAAUCAUAAAGAGCCAGGGACUCAACAUGGACUCUCAGUGCUGCCUUUCUUUCUCUUGAUUUACUGUGGAGUGGUAAACAAGCCACUUCAUCUCUCUGCAUCCAUUUCUUUAUCUGUAAAUAGCAAUCAUAGCAACCCCUUUCUAAAGCAUGUUUGGCACAUUUCAUUGUUACCGAUCAAAAUGCUUUCUGAAAAAAAAAAAAAAAACACUACAUUUUUAAGUAGCAAAAAUAUAAGCAAGGAGGAAAGCCAGUCCUUGGGGUUUCUGGAUGGCUGCCUGGUCCCAUAUUAAGGCAGACCUCAUCUUUGUUCUUUUCCGUGGAGGAGGAAUCAGUGUUAUCCUUGCUCAAAAAUAUUCGGCUUGCCUCUUCUACCAUUAACUUAGCAUGUGCAGCCCCAUGCAGUCAGUACUUCAGCACAGACUUUCAGAGGAUAAAGACAGACAAAAUUAAGUCUGAGCCUAGAGGAACAGGACUAAAAAUAUUUUUAAUGGAGGCAUUAGCUCCUUUUAUAUGCUGAUUUGAAGUAGAGUGAGUAAUGUUUCCAAAAGCACUUGAAAUAUGCUUGUACAAAACCUCUCAUGGAUUGCCCAACACAGCUACAUCCUCAUUAUGGGAGCACUGUGCAUUCACUGAAACAGCAAAGACAAGAAUCUAUCGCCAUCAUAUCAGUGGUUGGUAGGGCAGAACAAAACAUCCUUCAAAUGAGAUGCAUGGAAGAAGGAAAAACAUUUGCACACAAGAGUGUAGGAACAGCACUGCUGCCACUUUUUCCUACAAUAACGGAAAGCAAUUACCUUUACUGAACUGCAAGGCUCUUCAUAACCUUUAUAGCAACCUACAAACCAUUUCUGAGAUAAAGACAAGUCAGUCCUGAGAAUUCUUAGACCAGAACUUUAACCAAAUGCCUUGGGCCAUUCUUUUCAGUGGUUCCCAGUACUGCCCUGCCUUACCAGUCUCCCUGUCCCCUUUCCCAGAACCGAGCAUGCCCAGGGCCAAACACAGACAUUGCCACGGAUAUAGAAACCAGCACGUACCCUGCAGUCCUCGUCAUUCCUGAUGCAAGUAGAAAGGGAAUUCUUCAGGCAUGGGCUGCCUCCAGAAGUAUCCAGAAACCCAGGCUGCUUCUAGUCCUGACACCUUUCUGGAAGGCAGGGGGUACAAAACACCCUGAUCAGUGGGAUUGCUCAGCAAAACAUCAGUAGUAUCUCAGCAAUUCACUUCCAAAAAACCUUCCCUUUCCCUCUAAUUCCUUGCAAGUUUUGAUAGCUUUUCCUUCUUUGUGAAAAAAAGAUAUAAAGAGAUUGUUGGUACAGAAAGCAUGUGGAAGGCGUUUUUUUCCCAGUCUUUCAUAAAGCAAUACUAAAAAUAUUAAAGAAGCAACACCUUUAUCUAAGCAUUUUGCUUCUUUUCAAAACUCUUUUUUGAGGGAAAAAUAUUUCCACAGAUUUUCAGCCUAUGCUAUCGAUUCACUCUCUUCUCACCUGGCAUUGCAUUGCUAAUAGAAGGAAACACCCAAUUGGCAAAGAACGAUGAGAAAUACCUUUCCCAUCCAGGCUUAAACUUUCAUCUACUCUUUCAAAAAUCCAACUUUUACUUUUCUUUUCCUUAAAUGUCUUAGGUAUAGCCAUAAAGAAGAGGCUACUGACAACACAUCUUGGUACAUAAAUAAGAAUAGAAAUGUAAUCCAUGCCCCGCUAGCACAAGAUCCUUCACUGUAAUAUAUCACACUGCUUUCUCUAGAUUACAUUUAAAAUUCUCCACAGAAAGGACUCCCACUGCUUCCCUGGAGAGCUUAUUCCAGACUAAUAGAUCUCAAUGUCAAGGAUUUUUCCCCUGCUGUUCAGCCAUAAUUCUUACCUUAUUUUCCCUUCCCUUGUUGCCAUUAUACUUUCACAUCUUGCCAAAUUUUUCUUCUUUCCACAUGGAAAGAAAGCUGCCUUUUUUGCAUGAAAUUAUCAUUGUAAAAAAAAAAUGGGGAAAAGGUAAACCAAGUAACACACGUAGCUUUAGUGUGGAAUAAAAUUAAUGUAUAAUUCAAAAGGAAACAUUACAAAAAUACAUUCUUCUUUAUAUUUUCCAGAAAUACUAAAUUUGAAUCAAUGCCGUUUGCCUAACCUGAAACAGUCAAUAAUAUACUUGUACUGCAAACCAUCGUUCUAGCUAAGACAGCUUAAGGGUGUGCAUGAAAUUCAAAUACCAGCUAGAGGAAGCAAAGUUUCUUGAAAUAUUUUGCUUUUUACCUUUUUUUUUUUUUUUUAAGUAAACAGGUUGCAAACGUUGUAUCUUACAUGUAUUAUAAAACAGAUUCAGUAUAUUAAAAAUCACAUUUAAUUUGUGGGUAGCAACAUCCCUUGGAUCCUGUUUUAGUAUCUUAUCAUCAGAUAUCAGAGCUACAAAGUCAGCAUUCGUGGGUGGCUUACAAACAGCAGCAGCUUUGAACUGAAGACUUUGUUGUGCUUUUAAAAUUAGGCAAAUAAUACCCAUUUUCCACGUAACUUACCAAUAAAAUACACCUUGAUUGAAAAAAAAAAAAAAAAAAACACUUCUCCAACACUUUAAGCAACUGCACUAGAUAUGCAAUUUCAGAACUCAAGCUUUUAGGCUUCACAUUUCUGGAUGCCAUAAACACCCUUUGUAAUGGUUUUAUUCUUCUAAAACUUUAAAAGCAAACACAAUGCAGCGUGCACAUUGAUUAGAGGUAGUAUCAGGAACCUACGUUCUACUCCUAAUUGUCUUGAUGAAUCACUAAGUGACCUCGAAGAAGUCAUUUCACCUCUCUAUGCCAAUUAUACAAGUUGUAUAGCAAUUAGUAACUCCUUUUUUAAGAAAGUGAAGCUCAGUUCAUUAACACUGACAAAAAUACCAUAGAGAAAGUGUACCAGAAUAGUACUGCUACUUCCAUUCAGAACACAAAAACUGUGCCAGAAAAACUACAGGUGGAUCAUUCAACAGACCAGGUGACAAAGAGCUUGUGAAAAUUCCUUCCUGAGUUUUGAUCUCAGUCAAUAGUCUGUUACUUUCGUGUGUAUAUGUGUGCACGUGUUUUUGUUUUGAUUUAAACUAGUACUAGUCACAGGAAGUCACACAGCUGUGUGGGUGAGAAGGUAAUAACCAUACCGAAUGUUCUUCUCAGUUGUGGCAACUAUGACUGGGAGCUCCCACAGGCUCCACGGACCAAUGAAGUAUCUUUCAAAAUGCGUGUGAUGGUAUAUUUUUGAUAAAUUAGUAAGGCAUUCCAAUGGUGUUUUCUUUAGGAGUUUUAUGUUAUGAGAAGCUCUCAACCUUAUUUUCUAUUUUCGUACUAUAAAUGGGCUUUGCUUACAACCAUCAGAGGACAGAUACAAAAUGUACUGUAUACAGCUGCAGGUAGCUUCAUUUGAGAACAACUUUCUAGAAGAACCAAGUUUCUUGUUGUCUUCUUUUGGAAUUGUAGUGCAUAUGUUGAAACUUGUAUAUCAUUUACAGUAUUGAGUCUUGUGCCACUGCUGUACCUGAUGUAUCCAAUCUGGAUUAAACAGAGUAUGUGCCACAAAUA